GUCAGAUAUCGUCUGGAGAUAGGGAGAAAUGGACACGCGGAGCGAUGUUCGCCUUGUAACUUUAUAAAUAAUAUGAAAGAAGCGAAAGAAUUAGUAAAUAAGAAAUCAAUUGAAAUAUGUUAAAUCAAAAUAUUCAUUUAUGAAUUUUAAAUUACAUUUUUCUGAUGAUUUUAAUGAUCUUAAUUGCUGAUUAUUUCUUAAGUUAUUGUACUUAUAAUGGCUGAACAAAAAUACAUGUGCCAGGAAUGUGGGUGCAAUUGUGAAAGUUGUGUAAAUAAUAACAGUUUGCACCUCCAUCAAGAAAUUGAAGUAUUAAAACAGCAACUUCUCGAAAGAGAUCAUCAUAUAGUCCAAAUGGAAACUAAUAUGAUGAAUCAUGCUAGACAAUAUCCAAAUGGUGAAUGGGAGGCCUUAAAACAAGAACUUCAAUUUUGGAGUGAAAAAUAUGAUAGAUUAUAUGAUAGUCAUAAAAAAUUACAGAAAGUUAAUCAAGGUCUUGAAGAUAAGUUAUUAAAAAUUGUUGACAGGUUUGAGACUGAAAAAACUACGUUAACUCGAGAACUUGCAGAUCUGACUUCGAAAUUAGCUGGAGCAAGAAUCUGUAUAAAUGAACUAGAGGAGGAGAAUAAUCACUAUAGGAAUGACUGCAAUAUAGCUGUACAGUUGUUGCAAUGUAAGCCAUCUAAUUUUGUUGCACAUAAAUUAAGCUCGUUGCCAAUUGAUCUUCAAGAAAAGGUGAAGAUGCAUAUGAAUCAAACAAACGACACAAAAAAGAAUAACGGACCAGAGUACCGUACGAUUCGCGUUCCCAUACCAACUUUUCCUCCCACCGCAAUGGUUUAUUCCGUAAAUGCAAUACACACCGCAAAAAAUGACGACGAUGCAGUCUCCCAGAACUCCGGAGGAGUGUCGUCCGACUAUGUUUCGGCGGCAAUCAUGGCGAAAGUUUUGGAAGAACGGACGCGUGAAAGAAACGCAAAAAAACUGGACAAGUGCGACGACUGCAAGUGUAACAGACAUCUAACGAACAUGGAAGAACGGUCGACGCAGACGGGUAGUCCGUCCUUCGCAUUAUCGUGCGCCUACGAGGAACAGUUGGCUUACAUACACUCUCCGAACGAAUCUUUCCCGACCGCCGACGGUUACAUUCACACCAAACAGAACGGAACGACUAGCACAGAAACUGUAAUCUAAUCUACGGUCAGUAUUAACAAUACUAUAAAAAAUUAUAUGUUAAAUUUCUAUCAAAUAUGGUUAGAAUUGAGAUUUUUAUGAUAUUUUAUGUAUAUUUGAGAAGUGAUGGAAAAAUUGGUUGGUUGAAAAAUUAAACGUUUCCCUAUUUAAGAAAUGAAUUUACGAACUCCAAACCGAAUAUCCCAUAAGUUUAUUUAGAAAAUGUAUUUUAAUGUGUAUAUAUAUAAUAAUUUAUAUACAUGUACUGUACGUACGCACGAACUCGAAGAAAACCAAAAAAAAAAAAAAAAUUAAGGAAUUAAAUUAUAUUUUACAAGACUUUCCCACAUACUUCAAGUAUUUAUUUACCUUGAAAUAUAAUUUUUUACAUU